UCUCUUCGAAAUUCGCCACAACAAUUCAGCAGUCAGAGACAUGUCCACCACCAUUAUCAUCGUUGACUGGUCGGAAUUAACGCCGGAGCUCCUCCAGACUAUUGCGGGAAACCUCCGUAGACAAGCCGAUCACAUCCGAUUCCGAGCCGUCUGCUCAAGCUGGCGCGCCGCUGCUCCGCUAACUCCUCGCCAUCUUCCACGCGAAUUCCCCUGGCUUAUGCUCCGGCCGAGCCGAUCCGCGCUUUUCCCUCAUCGGCGUGCCUUCCUGAAUGCUCUUAGUAACAAGCUACACCUUCUCACGCUGCCAGAAGCCUCCUUAAGCCGCCGCCGCGUCGGCUCCUCCCACGGCUGGCUCAUUCUUAACGACGAAUCCCCUUCUAUUUUCCUCAUUAACCCCAUCACACGCGCCAAAGUUAAUCUCCCAGCGCCUUCAACUUUUCCAAAUGUCUUAAAUUUCGAUUUCUACAGUGUAGGCGGUGAAUACACGCUCCGGUCUCCAGGCGCUGAGGUCUAUACUUGUAGUCUAAGGAAAAUGCGCGACUCUUUUAUUAAAAAGGUCAUUCUCUCUCACAACCCUUACAAUGACUCGAAUUUCACUGCCUUGGCGAUUCUUAAUUGGCACGGAGAUCUGGCAUAUUGUGAAAAGGGAGAAAAUUCCUGGAAAUUCAUUGAUGAAGCGCGAUCAUAUUGUGAGGAUGUAAUUUAUUUUAAUGACUCAUUUUAUGCUGUGAAUAAAUUCGGGUCAAUUGCCAUUUGUGACGUGAAGGAUGCAGAUUGUCCUAAGGUUUCAUUUAUCAAAAUGCAGCAGCAAAUUGGCGGGGAUAUGCAGUAUUUGGUGGAUGCAAUGGGAGAAUUAUUGUUGAUCACGCGGUACUUAGAGCUUGACACUGAUUCCGAGCAUUUGGAACAUCAGUCUGACAAUGUGUACAAGACAGUGAAGUUUUGCGUGUGGAGGUUGGACUUGAGUGGGCCGAAGUGGGAGAGAAUCAUGACUUUGGGAGAUAGAGUGUUAUUUCUGGGGGAGAAUUCAUCAUUGGCGAUAUUGGCGACUGAUUAUCCAGGUUGUAAAGGUAACAGGAUUUACUUUGCGGAUGAUUAUUCCGAGGCAAAUUAUGAUGGAAAUCACGGAAUCAGUGGAGAUCAUGAUGUUGGGUUUUACAAUUUGGAGGAUGGAAGUAUUGAACCAUUGCCGUUUAAUCGUCGAAUUUCACACUGGCCAAUUUGGAUUACUCCAAAUCCAUGUUAAUCAUUUCAAUAAGGAAAAAGCUGUAUACCAGAUUUGAAGAAAUAUGAAUAGCUCUGGAGCUGAGCAGCACUUCUGGAACUCUUGAGCUGCAUUGAGGUACUGAAUACCGUACUUGGAAGCUGUGGACUUGGAAGCUGUGGAGUAACUCCAGCUCCCAAGACUGCAUUUGGAAUGCUGUUAAUUUUUUCUAUUUUUGUCACUGGGGUUUGGAAUGUAUGUUCUGUUUGAAUUGAAUAGGUUAUUCAAGUGCUAAGCAGCCAUAACAAAAUUAUGCUGUAACAAAUUCAACUGGUAUUUGGCUCUUGUAAGUUUUAGGUUUUUAACCACGACCAGCAUUGACAAAAAGUCAAAGCUGUGUUAUUUCUUCCCUUGGAAGAAAAUUUAUGAGUGAUUCCGCGAAACAUGAGUACAGGCAGUAAAAUUUUUCAAGCUUGAGAAAAGUUAUGAGAUAGGCCUGAAUGUUUGAAGAAGGCGAUGAAGCCAAAAAAUUUAAGCAAGAAAAACACAGAGAUUGACCUAAAAUGUAACAAAGGCAACGAAGCCUUUUGAAUAGGCUGAGAAUAAUUUGGAAUAUC